AUGAUGUAUUUUUUUUUGUCUGAGGCCUCGUUGAUGAAGUUCUCUAUAGCAGACCAGAAAAAGAAGUAUGCAACAAAAGAGGAUAUCGCAGAUGUUUUGAAACGGAUUGAAGAUGACAUCGAAGAGCUUGUUGAAGUGGAUCUUUCGGGCAACUGCUUUUCUGAAGAGGCCAUGGAGGAGAUCUGCAAGGUGCUUACGAAUGCAAGAUGCCUACGCGUUAUCAAUCUGUCGAGUGUGUUUCUGCUUCUUGGCAAGGAGAGACUGUGCCACAACCUUGCGCUUCUUUCGAAGAUGCUGAGGAAGCACUGCAUACAAAAGAUCGACCUGAGCGACAACGCAAUAGGAUCUGAAUUUCCUGAGGAAUUCGGAAUGUUUAUUUCUGAGGCAAGAAGUCUUGUGCAUCUGAAGAUGAACAACUGUGGGCUUGGGGAGAUCGGAGGAAAUAGACUUGGAAGAUAUAUGAAGAGCAUUGAGGACAAGGGCAAGCUCGAGGUGGUUGACAUUGCGCAGAACAGGUUUUUUGUUUUUCCAAAGGAGUUACGAGAGGCGCUUGAGGAGUUUGAUGGGAUAAAGGAGCUGAGGAUCCAGUACAACACGAUUGAGGAGGUGACGAUGCUGAGCCUUCUGAAUGGAUUAGAAAAGCAUGUGCUUGAGGUGCUUGACAUGAGAGACAACUUUUUGUCUGAAGAGGGAUCAAAAAGACUGGGUGAGUUGUACUGCGGAUGGUACAUGAAGGAACUACGGGUUGGGGACUGUAUGAUGAGAAAUAGCGGAGUCAAGAGGUUUUUAGAGGAAGCAAGCAAGAAGUUUGUGCCGAUGUGUCUUCCUGGUGAAUACACAGGAAGGAGUGGGGUUGUUCUGGAUCUGUCAUACAAUGAGUUUGAGCAGGAUGCAAUGGAUGCUUUGUGUGAAUUCUGCAGGAUAAAUGCUGUGAAGGAGUUGAUAGUGUUUGGAAACUACUAUGAAGAUGCUAGCAAGGCGAUUGAGGUGGUGAAUGAGCAUGGUGGAAAGGUGAUAGCAAGCGAGGGACGGGACGAUGCAUCAGACGCUGAUGAAAUAGCAGAGUCGUUGAUAGAGAAGGUGGCGAAGCUGUAG